AUUUUUCCAUUUAUAUAAAGCUGAAAUAUCUGUCAGCCAUUUUAUGUUCAUAUGUGGAGCCAUAUUGAUUGACCAAGGGAUCUUCCAACUUUAAAAACUCAAGUCCCCCAUCUAUAAAUACCAACAACCUUCUUUCUCCCCACCAUCAGUUUUUCAUUUCAUUCCUUUCAUCACUUUUAAAAGAACAAGAACCAAAAGCAAAAGCUACCAAAGCAUUUGAAUCCUUUGCUCAGCAAAGCAUUGAACCUUCGUCAACACGUACAGACAGCCCCAGCAAAGCAUUGAUUGAGUUUUCUGCUUACCAUUUGCUCGCCAAAGUAUUGAUCGCAAAUUAACUGAAGACUGAUAUUCAGUAUUCUACUGUUUGAUCUUUCUUGAUAGCUCCUUGCCAAUGGUGAAGACUGAGCACAAGCUCCAACCAGAGCCAUCAAAGCAAAUGACAUCAUCAACAUCUCCAACAUCAUCAUCGUCCUGCAAAAAAAAGAAGUACAAGGGAGUUAGAAUGAGGAGCUGGGGAUCCUGGGUGUCAGAGAUUAGGGCUCCAAAUCAAAAAACAAGAAUAUGGUUAGGGUCUUAUUCUACACCAGAAGCAGCUGCUAGAGCCUAUGAUGCUGCACUUCUAUGCCUCAAGGGUUCCUCAGCAAAUCUCAACUUCCCCAUUACAUCCUCACAUUACAUUCCUGAUACCGUUAUGUCUCCUAAGUCAAUACAAAGAGUGGCUGCAGCAGCUGCAAAUAGUUUUGUUGACAAUGCCACCACCCCACCAAUAUCUCCACCUCCCCCCUCCAUAUCAUCAUCAUCAUCCGUCUCUUCCCCAUCAAUGUCCUCCUCCCCAUCUGAUCAAGUUGAUGACGAUGUGUCACUAAUGCAAUCUCUUGUGGCUAACGACGAGCCUAUUUCUAUGAUGGAACCAUGGUACUCCUUUGACAGCCUGCACUCUCCCAAGUAUAUUGAUCAGAUGUUCAACUUAGCCUCAUUUGACCCUCCGAUGAUCGAUGAUUUUUAUGAGGAAGGUGAUAUUCGUCUGUGGAGUUUCUGCUAAGGGAAAAAAAUUAAUUCAAAGCAAAAACAAAGUCAAGGCAUUACACCAUUCUUUUUGUCUAUUCCUAUUCAUUGAUGAUCUUCAAAUUGUUGCUUGAAGAUGUUACUGACAGUGACCAAAAUUCAUAUAUUAGUUUAUUUUUGAGUUAGGAAAAAGAAAUUCACACGGAGAUGAAACAUUUUUUUGGAAUCUCAUGUGGGGAUUUCUACAUAUUUAAUUUAUGUAUCAAUUAUGCAAAGUGUGUCAUAUUCAAUGUUAUCAAUGAUCAUAGCUUUGUAAUGGAACAAAUAAGUAAAAAAAGAAUUAUCGCU